CCGGAAGCGCUUCUCCGACCCCGGAAGCACUAGGCCGGCAGGGAAAACGGGUGGGAGACUAUUAUUUGAGCCGUGUCGAAAAGAAACGAAAGCGGCCGGGGAAGCUGGAGGGCGUCCGGGCCUCGGGCAGAGAUAACACGGCAGCAUGCCAGCACUGCCACUGGAUGAGCUCCAGUUUACAGAGAAAGAUUCACUGACUGGGAAGAUGAAAACUUUACCCGCCCUGCAUCCUGAAAAGAAAACAGAGCGGUCUUUUGUGCUGUAUAAGCCCCCACCGAAGGCCAGAGGCGACCGUGCCUUGCUGGAGGAGUUCUGGGAGAGAGCCAAGUUUGUCACAGAUGACCUGGAGUGGCUUUUGACUCUGCCUCAUGACAAAUUUUGGUGCCAGGUGAUAUUUGAUGAGACGCUCCAGAAAUGCCUGGAUUCGUACCUGCGCCACGCCCCUCGCAAGUUUGACACAGUGGCGGACUUGCCUCCAGAGGUGACUGACCUCCAGAGACGCCUCCAUCGGAACGUUUUCCUAACCUUCCUCCGCAUGUCCACUCACAAGGAGUCCAAAGAUCACUUCAUCACGCCAUCUGUUUUUGGAGAGAUCCUUUACAAUAACUUCUUAUUUGAUAUCCCCAAAAUCCUGGAUCUGUGUGUGCUCUUUGGAAAAGGCAACGGUCCUCUUCUCCAUAAGAUGAUUGAAAACAUCUUUACUCAGCAGCCAAGCUAUUUCAGUGACUUGGAUGAAACCGUGCCUACAGUCCUUCAGGUACUCAGCAGCAUUCUGCAUACAUGUGGCUUGCAGUGUGAAGGGGCUUCAUCCACACCACAGAAGCUGGAGGAAAAAAUCCGAUUGACUCCUGGGGAUAUUCCUCUGCAGGAGCUGAAGGAUAUUGUCCUGUACCUGUGUGACACUUGCAUCACCCUCUGGGCCUUUCUGGAUGUUUUUCCUUUGGCUUGCCAGACAUUCCAAAAGCAUGACUUCUGCUACAGGCUUGCUGCAUUUUAUGAGCUGGUGGUACCUGAACUGGAGGCUGCUAUUAAGAAGAGGCAACGCGAGGACAGCAGCUUAUUGUCGGAUUUGUGGAAGAGGCUGUCUCAUUCUCGGAAGAAGAUGGUGGAAGUUUUCCAUAUGAUCAUAAACCAGUUGUGCCUUCAGCCCAUUUUGGAAAGCAGCUGUGAUAAUAUCCAGCCUUACAUAGAAGACUUCCUGCAGAUCUUCACCUCAGUGCUUCAGGAGAGGAGGUUUCUCCGUGACUAUGAUGAGCUCUUUCCUGUAGCAGAUGAUGUGAGCCUCCUCCAGCAAGCCUCCUCAACCCUAGAUGAGACCAGGACAGCUUACAUCCUGCAAGGAGUGGACAGUGCCUGGGAGGGAGUGGACAGGAGGAAAAAACCAGCCCACGACCUGCCCCUGCCGGAAACCAUGGCCCCGGGGCUGCCCAGUAAUACAGAGGGGCUAGAGAGACUCAGGGAAGAAAACCACACAGAGUACGCUGGAGCAGCCGCGGCCCCUGUGUGCAAGGUCUCUGGGGUGGAGCUGGAUUCCCUGAUCUCCCAAGUGAAGGACCUGCUCCCUGACCUUGGAGAAGGCUUUGUCCUGGCCUGCUUGGAGGAGUACAACUACAGCAUAGAGCAGGUGAUCAACAACGUCCUGGAGGACAAGCUGGUGGCAGCCUUGCAGAAGCUGGACCGAGCAAUGCCCAGGUCAGUGAAGCCAGACCCAACACCUCUUCUCACUUCCCGAUGCAACGUUUUCCAGAACGAUGAGUUUGAUGUUUUCAGCCAGGACUCUCUGGAUCUCUCCCGCGUGCAGAAAGGCAAGAGGAGUGACAAAGCCUCAACCAAAAGUCUGGUGAAUGACAAGCGCCUUGUGAAUGAGCAGAGGGAGCGCUACAGCCAGUACUCUGUGAUAGUGGAGGAGGUCCCAGAGCAGAGCGGAGCAGGUCUUUCCUACCCAGAUGAGUAUGAGGACGAAUACGAUGACACCUAUGAUGGCAACCAGGUGGGAGCAAACGACGCCGACUCAGAUGACGAGCUGAUCAGCAGGAGGCCAUUUACCAUCCCUCAAGUUCUGAGACCAAAAGAUCAGAAAGAAGAGGACGAGGAAGAUGACAACGAAGAGGAGUUGGCGGCAGCUGAUGAAAAGGGGGCUGCAAAGCAGGACCACUUUGUGCAGGACCCAGCUGUGCUGCGGGAGAGAGCUGAAGCCCGGCGGAUGACUUUCCUCGCCAGGAAAGGGCACAAGCCGGACAAUUCAGGUGUCAUUUUGGGCAGCGCCAAGGGACAUGGCCAGAGCAGAGAGACAGUCCAGGAGCGCAGGAAGAAAGAAGCCAGCAAAGGGACCAGGGCGAAUCAUAAUCGGCGUGCCAUGGCAGACCGGAAGCGAAACAAAGGCAUGAUCCCUUCCUGAAGAGGUGGAGAACGAGGCAAUUCUUCCUCUUAGAGGCUCAUAGUGCAAUGCCUUUAUCCCAAGGGACAGUACUUUUCCGUUCUUGUUUGUGGAGAGCAUCAGCAUGUAACAACCAGCAACCCAUUACAGAGAACUCCAACA